GUUUGCCCCUGCCCUGAGGCAAAAAGCUUUGAGAGGAUGGAGAAAGAGAGGGAAGCACUCUUGGGAUACAUCCGCUGGGAAGGAGAAGAGGAAAGGGGUGAGGAAGAUGGGGUAGCUCCCAGUGCUUCUCAUUCCAGCCAAAUGAGUGAAUUGGAAGAUAUGCAGGUGGAGAUGCUUGAGAAGGCAAGGGAGCUCUUCCAGCUGUGUGACAAGGAUGAGAAGGGUUUUAUCACCAAGGUGGACAUGCAGCGGCUCCAGACUGAACUCCCCCUGACCCGGGAACAGCUGGAGACGGUUUUUGACAGCUUGGAACAAAACAAUAAUGGAUACCUGACGCCUGUGGAGUUCAGCAUGGGACUAGGAAAGUUAAUAGGGAUUGAAUUGUGUCAAGGGGCUGGGAGAACGGAUCACUCCAGACACGAGGAGACCUUUGAAUCCGGCUGGUCAGAUGACUUGGACCCAGUGGAUGAUGAAGAGAAACGAUUCUGUUCCAUGAUGGAGCAGCUCGGAACAGCCCAUAUGUUUGAAGACCCACACGAGAUUAGGGAGCUCUGGGCUCAGCUACGAAAGGAACGUCCGGAGUUCAUACCCAGUUUUGAAGAGUUACUGUUGCGUGUUUCAGCAUACAUAAGGGAGGUGAAUAACGAGAAGGAGUCUGUGGAACAGGCAUUGAAGCGGAAGGAGACAGACCAUGACCGAGAAGUCAGGUGCCUUUAUGAAGAAAUGGAGCAACAGAUCAAAGCAGAAAGGGAGAGGUUGAUCUGCCAGGAAGCAGUGAGACAUGACAGGAGUAACCUACUCCAGAAGGAGCUGCACAACAAAGAGCAGGAGCUGGAGAAAAUCCUCUACUGCCAGAAGAAGCUGGAACAUCAGCUACAGUCUCUGAGCUCGGAACAGCUGGAGACUCGCAUGCAGAACGAAAGGCUCCGGUACCUGAAUGAAAACCUGCUGGAAGAGCUGGAGAAAAGCAAAUGGGAGCUGGAGGCAGUGAAGGGGCAAUUACAGAAGCUCCAGAAAGAGGCUCAGCUCGAACAAGAGCAGAAGGACAGGGAUGUGUUUAGAGUCUCCAAGAACAUGCAGAAAGAGAAACAAAGCCUCCUUCGGCAGCUGGAGCUCCUCAGGGAGAUGAACAAGAAACUUCGAGAUAAGCGAGAUGCUUUUGAAGCCAAGAAGCUGGCAUCUCAGAGCAAACAGCCCUUACUGAAGAAAAGGUCAGUGCUAGAGAGUUAGCUGCUGGACAACAAGCUUGGUCAAAUGGUUAGACAAUUGGCCUCUGUGGACCUUCCCUUCACCUUCCCAGUGGAUGUGGCAGUGGAAGAAGCCAGCAGAAAGAAGUGUAAAUACUACCCAGGCAAUGAGACAUGUCUAAAGACAGGAGAAGGAAGCAGCACAACCUUCAGAGAGAUAAGUAGACAGAAGGACAGAUGGUCGUUGGUAGAACAUGCUGAAUGGUUGAAGAUGACUUUGAUGGGUGACACUUGACUGUAGAAAAAUACAAAUGGAUUAAAUGAUGCUCCACUGCCUCCUAGAGGGCAGCCUGUUGGCAUCAAAACCAGGCUUCCAUUGUUGGAACCAACCAGCUGUUCCCCUAACGGCAUCUUUAAAGUGCUGUUUGUAGGGAACUCUGGCAUUGGAUAGACUUCCUUCAUCCACCACUUCUGCUAUGACAAGUUCUUGGCUGAGCUCAAUGCAACCAUUGGUAUUGAUUACCAGGUGAGUCUGAUGGUGGAUAACACCCAGGUUGCCUUACAGCUGUGGGAUACAACUGGACAAGAAAGGACCAGAGGGGUCACACACCGUGUAUUUGGAAAGGCGGAUGGGAUUCUGAUGAUGUACAACACAGCCAAGUGCUCUUUCAUGGCAGUGCAGAACUGGAUGAGCAGUGUCCAGGAAGGCAUUGAGGAUGGAACUGUGGUCUUUCUGCUUGGAAAUAAAAUUAAUGUUGCACAGAGAGAGAACAGGAAUGUGUCCAGGGUGGAGGGGGGAAGGCUGGCAAAAGUGUGAUUCUGCGUCUUCUAUGAGUGCGGCGUGCUGACCGGCUGUAACAUUGUGGAGUCCAUGCUGCAUAUGGCCAGGUUGCUGAUGGCACAAGAAGACAGGCAGAGGGACAGUGUCCUGCAGAUGGAAAAUGUGAGGAGGAAAGGGUGCUGCACAUAA